AUGCCGUACACCGCUCAGGAAGCGCGCGAGGCCCGAGACCGCCACGACCGCGAGGGGAGGCCCCGUCUCGGCGCAAUUGCGCAUAACUGCUGGUUGGCCUGGCUCGCUAUGGCCAGAGACCAGUUAUUCCAGGAAGAGAGGGAGGAAGCUGCUCGUCGCGCCGCCGCCGCCGCUCGCGAUCCCGAGGAGGUCGCUCGCGAACGAGAAGAGUUCGCUCGUCGCGUGGAUAACGCAUUCGGCGGUGUAUGCCGUCACGGAAGGGCCGGUCAUCGUCGCAGCGUCGUGGCCCCCGAAGUCAACCAGGUCGUCGAGCUGGUCAAGCCGUCUUACGAGGCGAAGAUCAAAGUACUUCUACGCGAAAUUGGUACCCUGUUUUCGCAGAACGACAAUGCUUCCGUGCUCGUAUUUGUCGAGCGACAAGAGACAGCCGAGGAUUUGCCGUCCAAGCUGAUCAAAUCCAAUGCCGGACGGAGGAUGGCGGGCAGCAAGAGCAAAGGUAGACAAUACGACAGGGACCUCUGGGCUUCUCCUUUAUAG